AUGGCGACCGCCAGCACCUACCACCACCGACAUGGAAUCGGCUUCGAUAUCCACGACCAUGGACUACACUCCAGCUGCACCCCUCACAGACUCGACAACAAUCAGUUUUAUGUCUUGGAUCCCAAUUCAGACACCGACAACGAUCAUAGCAGGAAGCCAGACAAGACUCAAACAAUCAGUACCCUAAACAACUACUUGGGUAGCCCCAAGAAGGCAAAUGUCAGGGCCAGAGUUACUGCAAGAUACCAAGCUGACGGGUCUGAACUUGGAAACGAGACUGCUGGUCAAGUGCGCAAGAAACUAGGCGAAGGAGACAGUUCUGAGGCCGGUGCAACUAUCUCCACAUUUUUCUCAAAAGAAUUUGGGGAAACAAAUCACCUUGCCCUGGAAAGUCAAAAACUCACCAGCAACGCAGAGCAGUUGGCCAAACAUUACGCAGGUCACUUCGAGUGGGUUCUGUCAUUGCCGGCAAAGACCCUGCCCGAAGGAUGCGCUCAUCCAGUCUGCUCUCACGAUAACCCAGAGAUUUGUGGCUAUAGGGGAUCCGGAGAAUGUGCUCACCCAAUCUGUUCUCAUGAACACCCUGAGCGCUGUGGCUACCAAGGAUCCGAAAACCCAAAAGAGCUGCUUUACUUUGGCUGCAACCUCGUCCCACGGCGUUCAAAGUCAAUGCCGGAUGCCAAGUUAGGCACCGACAACGGAGAUCAAAGUGCUGAUAUAUAUACGGUUGUAGCUACUAAGCUCGACGGCGUCGAGCAUAGCGACGUUGUCGUGAAUAAUACUGUUCCGACGAACAUCACAAUCCAUCCCGACGAAUCCCGUGUUCAGAUGAGGCGCUCCCACAUUACCCGCGAGACAAUUGAUGAGGAGACGGAGAGCAUGAUGGAUGAAAGGGCUGGCAACUUUGAAACUACUAUCGUCCAAAUGGACGCGGAUUCCAUCUCCAGCAUGGCUGAAGAGACCAGCCCUUACCAUACGUACGAUGAAAUGCGCGAUUUUCACGGAGAGGUUGACGUGGACCAUCGACAUGAGCCUCAGGUGAGCUUCGAGUCAGAUUGUCUUCUGAUCGGCGAAUAUCAGUAUGAAGAAGAGAGAGAUGAAGCUCGAGCAUCAGAUUCACAUGCAGAAAAUGACCGCCACAUCCAAAACGAGUCCCGGAUGUGGGAGACUGAUUCAUGUCACCGAUACCACCAUCAUUCCUCGGAAACCGUGGAUUCUUGUCAACAAGAGUCUCAAAUGAGGUGGGAGACCGAAUAUUAUCACAAAUAUCGUCACCGCCUCUCGGAGGCCAUGGAAGACGAACACAUGGAACCAACGAGACUAUUUCCACCCAUUUCGAGUCCUGCGUCCAGGAUUGAAGACUCGGUGGAAGCUCUCGACAAGCUCGAGGAUGAAUUGGAAGCUGUCGAUGACUUGGCGCGAGUCGACCGAAUCUUGUCUCCUGUAGACGCAAGAAUACCCUCGAUGCAGAGCGUCCAGAGAACACCCAAGGCCGUCCCACCUCAGCGCACAAGCUCCAAGAGAACUGGACCUACCACGGUCCGCCCGAAAGAUGUCGAUCGCUCUUCAUCGUUGCGGAAGUCAAGCUCGAUGAGCUUUGCCGAUAAUAAAGCGGCUGCUGAGAAGAAAGGUACAGCAACCAGACCAACCAGCCUUCGGCCACCUAGGCCUCCGGCCAGGUCUAACAAAGCACCCACUGUGGCCUCGUUCGAGCUACCCGGAGAACCUGUGGCCCGCCGCCUCAAGGAAGAGCGUGCAUCUCGUCUUUCACAAGGAUAUAUUUCCGAAAAUGCCCCGUCUAUGGAUGAUUCCUGGACCGCCUCACCUCCCAAAGUUCGUGUCAGGUCCACCAGAACGUCCACGCGAGCCGCUUCUGAGCUACCCGGUCAGGCAAUCUCACGUCGCAGGAGAGAGGAGUCGGAGGCCAAACAGCGAGCUGAGGAAGAGGACGGUAAGGGCCGCGGGUCCAAGGCUCGCUCGGUCCGUGCUAGCGUCUCGAGAGCUACGAAUCCUCGCGAGACGGUCGUUAGUCGGGCGCGACAAGGGAGACCAAGUGUCGCUCGUACGUUUGAUGGCAGCCAUGCUAGCGGUUGUGUAGAGCCCCGUUCUCCUCUAUCAAAGGCACCCGCUACAGCUUCUUUUGCGUCACCGACAGCUUCUUCUGCGAACAAGCGGAAUGCUACUGUGGGCAGAUCGGCCGCGUCGACCAAGCGACAGUCGUACAAUGCGGCAACUCUUCCGGCGCGCGGCCGCUUGAGCAUGAUUGACUCGCUGUCGGCAGCCAAUGCCGGUCGUGGCAUCUCGAGGGCGUCGGCAGGUAGCAACCGCAGUGGCGUCACGGGCAGUAGCACGGUUAGCAGGCGUAGCACAGUGAGUGCGGAGGAGGCGCAGAAGCAGAGGCAACGGGGUAAGGAGGUAUUUGCACGCGACAACGGCUAUACGGCGGAACGUGAGAGAGAGCGGCACGAAAGAGAGGAGGCGGCGAAGAGAGCUCGAAAGGAGGCGGCUGAUAGGUCUAGGAUGCAGAGCCGCGAGUGGGCAGAGAAGCAUGCACAGAAAGCCGCUACUCUUGGUGGAAAGAAGAAACGGGACAGCAUGGUCGGGGGCUCUCAACCGAUGAGGUUUCGCUUCACAUCCUGA